CAAGACGCGUAUUGCUUUCACAGGCAGAUACAGGACAGAUGUACCUAAACUAAUACGGCAGGAUUUUUGUGAAAUACCAAAUCAUCAUAUGCAAAGAGCGGUACAGCAUGAAGUAAUAUGUGAUCGUACAACUUAUAUGGACACUGGGUAGGUGUAGUUAUGGACCUGUACGGUGUGGAAAAACUACCUGCCUGACAUUGCCCAGAUUCUCUAGGAUGGUGUUCAGUGUGACAACGUCAUGGCUUCUGAUUAACGCAACUGCGUCCUUAUUUAGUCUGAAUGGGUCAGACCCGACAAGUGGGUACCUUGAAUACAACAAAACUCCCAUCACGGUCUCAUCAACUUCCGCCCUCUUAGAAAGAACUGUGUUAGAGCAGAUCUGUUCAAAGCUUGGAUUCAGAGCAUAUCCACUGUUCAAACUUUCGGUAAGGAACUUGCCCCGGAACAGCAGCUGGUAUGGUGUCGAUGGUUGUGUCUAUGGCUGCUAUGAUAUCUAUCUGGAAUGUCAAGAGUUUCCAUUUCGACUGGAUCAGGCCGGGAACAUCCGGGUGUGGUUUAAGGACACGGCCUCAGCGCUGUGUGCCCACAUCACCGCUCAGGAUGCUAUGACUUUAUGUAAGAAGUUUCACCAAACCAGCGAAUAUGUAACCAUUAUUCCCAGUACAUUCAGGGGCCAAAUGGAAAUAUGGAAUCUGAAUGGUUCGUGUCCCAAUUGGUUUGAAUUUGGAAGCAGUUGUGAGGCCAUAACGCCUGUGGUGUCUAAUGCUUGUGGUGAAAAAGAUCUUGCUGCUAUUCGCUGUCAAAGAACAGGUCUUGUGAAGAGAUAUCGUCUGAAGAGCUGGGGUAGAGGCGGAAUCCGCGGAACACUAGAGAUACGAGAUGAAAACGACUGGAGCCCAGUUUGCUCGGACAUGUUCAGUUUGACCGAUGCUGCAGUGGCUUGUCGUACACUAGGGUACCCAAGUUCUGAUGCGAACUACAAUAAACGAAAGCUAAGGAGUGGUCGUGCUGGUGGAACAGGCCGUUUUAACUGCCAAGGAGACGAGAAAUCUUUGGACGAUUGUCCGGGAUUCAUCCACGACAACAGCAAGUGCAUUUCAUACGACACCGUAGAGAUAUCGUGUCAAAACGCGUACGAAGGGAAAUUGCGACUGACAGGAGGCUACGAUGGAGUGUUGGGACGGUUGGAGGUAUUUUACAACAACACUUGGGGAACAAUUUGUGACAAUUCCUUUGGGGAGGCGGAACUGUCCACAGCUUGUAGUCAGAUCACAGAAGGCCGAGUCAGGCGAGGACGUCACAUCUUUUAUGACGAAGUUCUACCACCAUCCACAGUAGAUGACAUCCUAUUGGAUGCUGUCGACUGCUGGUUUCGCCCAGAUUUACUGGUGGACUGUGAUCAUAAACCAUGGGGAAAUCACAGCUGUACAGCAAACAAUAUCGUCCGACUCUCGUGCAGUGAAGAGCCCCGGUUUCGUCUCGUUGGCGGUGACGACACAUCCGGGCGCCUGGAAGUCUAUCAUGACAAUCAGUGGGGAACAAUCUGUGGUCGUCAUUUUGGUGAAAACGAGGCUCGUGCUGCCUGUAAAACUUUGAACUUCUCCAGUGUAGUCGUGCAGGUGUUUUUGAGAAAGUCAACGAAUGGGACAAGAAGAAUAUGGCUGGACGAUUUAAGUUGUGGUAGCGAGGUAGAGCGUCUGAAUGACUGUGUCGGUUGGCACUGGGGUAAAAUAGAUUACCGGUGUUCUGGUUAUACAGAUGUCCAUCUCAGCUGCCCUUCGCCAGAUAGAAAAAAAAUCCAUUUUUCUCUAGCGGCAUCGGGCGCCGCUGAAGCGGGAGUCGUUCGUUUGAAAGACGAAUGGGAAGACGGGGAUAUCUGUAUGGCCAGCCCCUCAAAAGAUACAGCCGUUGUGGCCUGUCGGACGUUAGGCUUACCGACAGACCACGUAACACUCUUGGCAGAAAGCCAGUUUCGGAAAGACUUCAUCAGCUACGCUGUGAUGAAUGGUGUUAGAUGCAGAGGACACGAAGCUAAUUUGUUAGAUUGUUCGUUUUUGUCAUUAAAGUCCUCGCCCUGUGAUGCUGCUAACAAGCUCGUCGUGGCGUGUGGAAGAUCUCUGGGCCCCGAUUAUUCUGUGAGACUUGUGGGUAGCGAUCACCAGAACGUUGGAAGGCUAGAGGUUUUAAGGUACGGCGUGUGGGGUACAGUGUGCAAUACCGGUGUAGACAUCAAGACACUCAAAGUUGCUUGCCGUGAAUUGGGACUACCCACAUCUCCUGUGAGAAGACUUAAUGCCACUAAGUACAGGAGAGGGGCUGCGAUGAUCUGGUUGGACAAGAUACAAUGCCAUGGGCACGAGGAUAGACUAGAAUUGUGUGACAAAUCUGAAACCGGGAAGUGGUGUUUAGGGCAUGAGAGGGAUUUGGCCAUUCAAUGUGGAAAACUGCAAGUAACAUCUAAUGGCGGGGCCAUCGCCGGCGGUGUUAUAGGAGGUCUUCUGUUACUGGUCAUUAUCACCACUAUCGUAUGCUGGCUAGCUAAACGACGAAACAGUUCACCUUUACCGCCAGUGCAACGCCCGAGUCAACCCUUUGGCACAUAUGGAGAAAUGCCCCCUUCAAGACCUUCACGAGAACAGGACAGCUUUAGCCAGCCCCCUCCAGACUAUCAGGACAUCAACAUGACAACUGUACCUAUAAGUUCGACAGCAAGUACUUAUCCACUGCCUUCUGACAAGACAGCACCUCCGCCCAGCUAUGAUGAGCUGUUUGGACAUAGUCAUCCCUGUGUUCAGGAACAUACAAUGUGAAUACCUUACCUACACGCUCAGACACACCAAGCUAAUAAAAACCUCGACACUUGGAGUUGUGAAGGACAAAAGUCGUCUCUUUCUGUUGAAAGGAGGGCUCAAACUGAUGAACAUUUAGUAUGUGAUAGUUAUAAUUUUUUAUGCACCUAUCCAAUAUUUUGUAAAAAUUUACUGUCAAAAUGCAUAAUAUAUGCUUGUUUACUUCGUAUCUAUUAUCAAAUGAAAGACACGGUAUUUUUGACUCAAGACAAUCUGAUAAUUUUAGUCUAUGUGGAAUGGCUAUGACUUUUACAAUAGUUUUGCUGACGCCGAAGCGGAACACAACUUUCGAGUGAGUGAGUGCUUGGGGUUUAAUGUUGUGCUCACAACUUUUGAAGUUGUACGGUUUAUUGUUCACCACUACGUGAUUUGGCAAUAAUUAUGUAGAACCAUGUACUUUGGUGCGCCACAAUGUUGUAAAGUUAUGAGUGUAACACAACAAUAUGUAUAUUUGUGUGAAUGGCGAAGUCAGAGAGAUCUGUGAUGUUAAUAAACGCUUUUUUAUUUUGUA